ACGACAUAUUAUUGCCGCAAAACGUACCGCUUGGUUAUGAAACACGGAAGUAGGCGUGUCUCCAUGGAGAUUUCUAUUUCUGGCUAAAUAUGAUGGCGUCAUAACCCCUAAAUGAUGUCAAAUAUGGAUCAUACGGAAGCAAUCAAAACAUGAAUUCACUCAACUCCCACGACGUGUCGGUGGAUAAAGAACAGUGGACAGUUUUAGAGAUCUCGUGGGAAGAAGACUAAGACCAGGGAAACAAGAUGAGCGGCCGUGUUGGAGAUCUCAGUCAACAGCAAAAUGAAGCCUUGGAAAAGUUCAAGAACAAUAUCAAGGAUGUUCUACAGCCACAUAUGGAUGACGUCUUCCUCCUAAAAUGGCUCCGAGCCAGAAGUUUUAACCUUGUCAAGGCAGAGGAAAUGUUCAGAUUGAAUCAGGAAUUCAGAAAAAGACAGAAUGUUGACAACUUGAAGAACGAAUUUAAAGUACCAGAGGUGUUGACUAAGUACUUCACUGGAGGGCUGUUUUGCUGGGACAAAGAAGGCUGUCCUGUGUUCUACGACCCCUUUGGUCAGCUGGAUGUGAGGGGCAUGCUCCAGUCUGUACAGUGUUCUGACAUCAUCAAGUUUAAACUUCUGAUUCUGGAGGAGAUCUGGGAAGAGUUCAGGGCUCAAUCAGAAAAGCUGGGUCGCCAUGUUGAGGGUAUCACACUGGUAAUCGACUUGGACAACUUUGGUAUGAGACAUAUGUCCACACAAGGUAAAUCAUUGAAACUGUUGAGAUCUUUGAGGCAAAAUUAUCCAGAAACUCUGAAGGCAGCUAUGAUUAUUCGAGCACCAAGGGUGUUCCCUGUCCUGUACUCCUUGGUGAGACCGUUUCUGAGUGAAGACACAAAGAGCAAACUCUACGUUUGUGGAAGUAAGCUGAAGGAGUUGUUACUACAGAAGAUCGAUGCUCACUACCUGCCGGCGUACUGGGGCGGCACAGCUACCGAUCCUGAUGGUGACCCCAAGUGUAGGUCCAAGAUAUGCUUUGGAGGCACCGUCCCAAAGUCCUACUACUCUUUGUCUAAUGAGUCGGCAGUGACUGGAAACCUGACUACAGCAACAGUCCAGAAUGGCUCUUGUCUUACCUUGGAGUAUGAUGUCUUAGUGCCCAACUGUGUAAUAAGAUGGCAGUUCAAGUCAGACCAUCAUGACAUCAAGUUUGGUGUGUACAUGAGGAAAAGGAGCAAAAACCCUGGGCAGAAGGGGGAGGAGUUAAAGGCAGUGGUGCCUCCUGAAAAACACAACUGUCAUAAGGUUUUGGCAGAAGGGGAAGUGCUGUGUGCGGAAACAGGAUUAUAUGUGGUGAAGUUUGACAACUCCUACAGCUGGAUCACCAGUAAGAAACUCCACUACAACAUCGAGCUCAUCGUCCCCAGCAAGGAGACAUUCCAGGAGGUCAAAGGUGCUGCUGGACAGUUCAACACUGACCAAUCACAGGACAAGUAAAGGUCAAAGGUCAACUUUUGAAAUAACUGUCUCAUUUUAGUCUAGAUCUGAGGAUGGUAACAUGAAGCUACAAUUUUUAGAGCACAGAGCUGAAAAUAUGCCAGUGUAUUUACUUUAGGCCACAAGAUUCAAUAUGUGGUAUUCUGCCAAUCAUACUGGUAAUACACUAACUGAAAUGAUAUUCUUUGGAUUAAUUUUUAACAAAUUUGAUUUAAUACAAAAAGGUACUUUUAGGCAUUUAGAGACAUAUAUAUUAUAUAUUAUGCAUAUAAGCAACAAACUAAGACAUUUGUGUAUAUUGGGUACCGAGGUAUAACGUAUGCAUAUGUAUGUGUAAUAUUCUAAGAUGCAACAGGUGGUUAUGAUUUCGGGUUUGUCAAUAAUGAUAUGUGUAUCAUAAUUCCUGUAAUUCUAUGGAUCUAUGUUUUUUUUAAAAGGUUGUACAUAAUCAAUGAUCCAAUAUUUACAGAAUCAAGAUUAACUUUUUCUCUGCUGGAGAACCUCCUAUCCAAUACAUUGUACAGAUGAGGUGCC